AAUGCAACACUUUUUUUCAUACUUGACAACACAAUAAAACACAAGAAAAUCAGAAUGUAUUUGUGAUUUGGAUUUUUAUUUGAUGCUGAAUAAUAUUUUCUUCAUGUCAGGUUUUGAUUCAUUUGAAUGAAGUAUACUUUAGUCGUUUAGUUUUACUUUGAUGCUAUAAUAGAUGUUUUUAAAAUUCAGUUAAAUUCAAGAUUAUAUAGCAUCACGGCAAAACAACAGUCUCCUCAUGGUGCUUUAUACUGUAGGGUGAAAACCCUACAGCGGGGUGGCCAACUCCAGGCCUCGAGAGCUGAUGUCCUGCAGGUUUUAGAUAACACCCUCGGUCAACACACCUGAAUCAAAUGAUCACUUCAUUACCAGGCCUCUGAAGAACUUCAAGAAAUGUUGAGGAGAGGUCAGCAGCGGAUAGUGAGGACAGCAGAGAGGAUCAUUGGAGGCCCUCUCCCGCCCAUCUCCCAACUCUACGACAAACACAUCAUCCGACGUGUGAAGGACACUUUCCACCCCUCACAUGCACUCUGGAUGGCGAUUGAUGGGGAACAGAGACUCUUCCCAUGAACGGAAACAACACGAACAAUGUCGUGAGGUGCCAUGACGAGAAGGAGUGACUGAGAGGAUCAUCGAUAAGAUGGAAGCUGAGGCCUGGAGAGAGUCUUCAGGAGGAUCGGAGAUCACCUUUAGCACAGAGAGCUGUGCUACUGGGCUUCCAGGAGAUCGUUAUGAGGAGACUCUGCACAGCAGAAUCUUGAAUAGGAUAAAAGAGUUUCGACGUUGACGUUGAGGAAGACUACUAAGGUGUACGACGUGCUCUGCCUUUAAAAUCUUCAGCAGCGUUGGAACAUGAGAAUCUGAGGGAGUGUGCCGAGCUCCAAAAAGUGACAGCGCAGAGGAGGUCCAGCGAUGGACUUGUGGUUCUGUGAACAGCACAAAUGCCAGGUGACUGUGAAAUAACUAACAGCACUUUUUCCACAAGUGAAGCCAGUAACUUACUAUCCUAAAAGAUUAGCUGUAGUUCCUUGUGCUUUACCUCCAUGCGUGUGAUCAGUAUGUGCAGCGGCUUAAGCUGUACAAUGUUUCAGGAUAUAGUUUUUCACCUUUUUGACACUGUUAGUUCCACACGAGGUAGAUGUCUACUACUGCAGGCUAAAAUUACAUUUCUGUCACCUACAAGACGCUUGUCUUUAAUGUUACUGUUACUCUCACAACCACAUAUUACCAUAAAGUGAUGCACAAUUCUGAAUCCGUCAAACCUUUUGCCAACGAAAGAAGAGGGCACUUCUCAUGAGCGUAGAGAAGGAGUGUAAGCCGAGGGAUGACUUAAUAGAUGUGCCACUUGGUGAGGGAAAGGUUUGGUUUGUUGAUGGUUUGAGUUUUUACAACAGCAGAGGGACAGACUAAAACAGGUUUUACUGUAGUAGAUAGUGAGAAAGUUAUCUGUACAGGACAACUAGCAUGUUUCAUAUUUGCUUGAGCAGCAGGGAUAGUAGCUUUAACGGAAGCGUGUUAAGCUGCAGAGAAACAAGAUGUGACAAUAUACACUGAUAGCCAGUAUACAUUUGCUACAGUAUAUUUACAUAGAAAUAUACUGUAGCAGUGGGUGAGACGAGGUGUGACAACCGUAAAAAUUACGCUAAACAAAAUUAUAAAGCAAAAACUGAAAUUUUGCUUUAUAAAAACUGAAAAAACUGAAAUUACCCAUUAUCUUACACUUAUCCUUAUCCAAAAUAAUUCAAAUUAUUAACAAAUAUACACUCUGUGCAAUCUGAGUAAAGUAAGAGACGAUUAGACCUUUAUCUUAUACAGUUACUAUAUACAGAGUAUUGUACAGUUAUUAAAUUAAAUAAAAAUAACUACAAAUAAGAGGCAAACCAAUGUUUGCCUCUGGGCAGUGUUAUUACCCAGUAGAAUUGCCGUUUGUAAAUGUGUAGCACACAUGUGAGGGAAAGAUCCAGUUGCAUUAGAGGAUGCUUUUGCAGAUAAGAUCGCGAAAGAGGCAACUUUAGGAGAACAUGAUGUUAACAUUUUAGCAAUGCAACACCAGUAGACGUUGUCUAUUAUACCACAUGUAUUAGCAGACAUGCAGGCCCACUCACCUACUGCAGGGAAAACAGGUGUGACUUAAAGAAGGAGCGAGCUUGCAGGAUGGUGUUUAUUAUCUGUGUGAUACACCAAUACUGCCUUUAGAAUUUGUAUAAGACUGCUGCUAUUUUGCGCCAUGGGCUUUGCCAUGUCGCAACAGGAGGGAGAUGAUGAGUAAUUUAUACUUUAAGAUUAAAUACCCUUAAAAAACAAAUUUUGCAAGUUAUGUAUGAUAUGUUGCAAGCACAAUUCUCAGGGUAAUUUGAGACAUAAGAGAGGGAAAUUCCCCAGACCCAGUCACCCAUUACAAAUUAUUCACAUGGACUAUAGAGCUGUCCAACUGUAAUAACUAUGAGUAUUGUUUAGUGAUAAUGGUCCACACUUUGUAAAUGAAGUGAUUAGAUUAAUGGCACAACAUCUAGGGAUAACAUUAAAACAUCAUUGUUCAUAUCACCCACAAAGUGCAGGGUUGAUAGAGAGAACUAAUGGAACAGUAAAGUUAAGACUUAGGGAGACGCAGGACAUGGUUAGACUGUGUAGAAUUAGUUGAGAUGUACAUGAGGAUUAUUCCAACAGAGAACGGUCUGACUCGUUGAGAUUAUAUAUGUUAGAGCAUUUAGAGUUCUAGUCUUCUGUAGUGACGAUAGAGAAGCAGAAGAGAGAGCAUAUUAGCAGAUUAGAUGCUUAAAAUGUUUAAAAAUAAAGAAGUCUUGAGAACAAAUGAUCUGCCAGAUGAUUCUGUUUCUCCACAGGAGCAGAGUCUGAAGUCUGGAGAUUGGAUUUUGAUAAGGCCAUGGAGAGGAAGUGCUGGUCCAGUCCACGGUGGUCCCUAUCGGGUGAUGCUGACGACGACCAUAGCAGUGAAGAUUGCUGAAAGGAUUACUUGGAUAUGUGACAGGUUGAAGGACUACUGUUGAAGGACUACUGCAUAUAAAACUGUUCAGUUAAUAAUAAUUCAUAUCAGUUGAUAAUGUAAAUAUGGUAAGAAAAUGGUUAAGAGUUUAUUAUUUUUCAUGUUAUAUCAAUGGCUUUCAUGUUAUUUAAGAGAACUGCAAUCUAUACAUCAGUGAUCUAGUAAGCCUUUUCUGGGAUCGAUUAGUAGUGUCUCUAUUCUCCACUAGGGGGCUUUCGCGCGCUCUCCUCACUGCAAUAAACCACUGCAUGAGAGACGCAAGUCAUAAUCACUCUCGUGAUUCUUUUCCCCCUGUUUUCAGGGGUGUAACAUUUGGAGGCACCUCUGGGAUCGCUGCUUAGAUGUCCGGUGUCCACAAUCUGCACAUCGUAGUCCAAGCCAGCCAAAUCCCCCCAUACAACCCAGGCAGACUGCAGUGAGGAAAGUGUUGCUGUCGAGGCGAACUGGUAGCUGUGUUUUAGCGCAUGUUUCCUGAGGCCAGCCAGAGAUCAUCAGGGGCUGCAAAAACGACUCAGCUCAGCGUCACCUGUACAUGUAAAAUUCUUCCUGCCUACUGCCACAAUGUCUUCGGUGGAAGAGCUGCGAGAAGAGGUUGUGCGUGAAAUGCACACUCUGUCCAAAGAUCAACUAGUGUCAAUCUGCGAGUUCCUUGGCAUUGCAGAGAAAAUAGAUGUUAGCGGAAAAACACGACUGUCACUCCUAACACACAUCCAAAUACACAUUGAGAGAGAAGGUAUAACAGAACUUGAGGAUGAAGGAAUGUCAGAACUGUUUAAUGAUAAGAUUGCUGAAGUAAUGAAAGAGACAAUUGUUGAGACUGAACCAAAUGCAAAAGAAGGACGUUAUUCAGGGCACAGAGAGCAACUAAACACUGCAACCUCACUGGUAACGGAGACAGCUAAUGCAGUUAACACAGCUGUUAGUUCUCACUCCCAAGCUAAUCACUCUGUCCCUAACUCAUCUGUGUCAAGUGCCCCCCAACGACCAAGCCCUUACUGGCAGAAAGAUUUCAAAAUAUCAGGCCAGAUUGGCGAACCAGGUCAAAAAGAUAAACUGACAUUUUCCAGUCUUGCUCACCAGAUCGAAAAUGGACUGAGCAGAGGCUACUCAGAGCUUGACAUUGUAGAUGCUGUCAUCAGGGCUAUCUUGCCAGGUCUACAACUACGCAGCUAUUUGGAGGGAAAAGCUCAACUCACCCUUCCGACUCUACGCCGCAUCCUGCGCUCCCAUUUCCAGGAGAAGAGCGCCACCGAACUCUAUAAACAACUUGCCUCUGAGGUACAGACCCCGAAAGAGACUGCCCAAAGCUUCCUGAUGAGAGUUUUAGAUCUAAAGCAGAAAGUCCUAUUUGCUUCCCAAGAAUCAGAGUCAGGACUCAAAUACGACCCAGCUUUAGUCCAGCGUAUGUGUUUACACACCAUACUCACAGGGUUCCAGAGUGACAGUGUCAGGAUAGAUAUGCAGCCACUCCUGUUAGACUCUAAGACACCUGAUGAACUGCUGUUAGAGAGGUUAAAUAUGGCUUGUGCCAAUGAGGCAGAAAGGAAAAACAAGAAAAGAUGUUUAGCAUCACAGACUGCUACAAGUGUGAGUGCAGUGCAGUCAGAUGAUGUGUCACCUGCUAAGAACCCUGUGAAAGAAGUUAAAGCUAGGAUACCACCCGAGCUUUUAACUGAGUUAGCGGAGCUUAAGACAGGUGUAGCCUCCCUGAAAGGUCUCAGUGCAGAGAUAGCUCAGAUUAAAGAGACUCUACAGCAGCCGGUGCCUGGUCCUCAGUCAUAUGCCCCACCACCAGUUAUGCAGUAUGAUAGGGACCAGCAGCAACAGCAGUAUUACAGUUUCCAGGGCCCCCGUCAAAGACCACCACCCCCUCAGUAUCCUGUACAGCACUACACAGGUAGUCCAGCCCGCCGUGAGAGGAGGUGCCACAUUUGCCAGCAGAAUGGAGUCAACGAACGCUGCACACACUGCUACCUCUGUGGGAGUAGAGAACACUUUCAGGCUGGAUGUAGAAGCAGAGGUAUGAGACCAUAUACAGAGAAACAUUUAAACCAGCAAUGGUUACCACCGAGGGACGAGUGUUAACCAUGCCCAUCAUCCACAAGUCCCAACAUUGCUCCAACUGUAAACAAGAAAAGUCAGGCAUGAGACAGUGUUCAGCAUGUAAAAACGCACUUUAUUGUUCAAAAGCAUGCCAGAAUCAACACUGGAGACAACAUAAGAGACAAUGCACUGGCUUAAAGACUAACAAAGACAAUAAGACUGUUCAGGUACCACUGCCGCCAGCUCAUGUAAAACUCACAAAGUCACAUCUCUGGUGGGCAGGCAAUGUCUGGUUGAGUGUCUCCUGGACGGCCACAGGCUUCAAGCUCUAUGGGAUUCAGGCUCACAGGUGUCGAUCAUUGAUGAGAAAUGGAAAAAGGACUAUCUGCCACACACGGAGCUGAGAGAUGUAGCCGAUAUUAUGGACACAUCUGAACUCACCCUGACUGCAGCAAAUGGGACCAACAUGCCAUAUCUUGGGUGGGUUGAGACAACCUUCCAACUUGUUUCUGGAACUGAACAAACGGAGAAAUUGACCAUCCCCAUGUUGGUAAUGAAAGGUUUUCAGCUCACAUGCCCUAUUAUAGGUUACAAUGUCAUUGAAUACAUUGUGAAUUAGACUGACCAAGCUAAACUGUACAGCACAGUGAGAAAAGCAUUUCCCAGCCUCAAAAGACACAAGGUGAAAGCGUUUAUACAGGCUGUUAGUGCAGAUACAGUUGACGAGUACAAAGUGAUGACGAAGAAAGACUGUAUUACUGUACCUAAACAGAGCCACAUGCAUGUUGAGGGUCGUAUAGCAGCAGGGCCAUUUAAACAGGACAUGGUCAUGAUAUUUGAGCCAGACUUAAACCCUCAAUGGCCAGACAAUCUUGAGUUUUUUGACACUUUGGUUAAAGUUAAGAAGGGUACUUUACCUGUCAUAACACUAGGUGUCUCUAACCCCAUUGACUAUGAAAUUGUCAUUCCAGGCCGUACGUUAGUUGGCUCGGUUCAGACUAUUACAGCUGUUUUACCUGCCCAGAUGUUUGAAAAAGCCGCAUCUGUAGCUACUGUUAACCAGACAAAUACACAAGCCCAGUGUAGCUCUAGUGAAGAGUGGGAUCCACCUGUAGAUCUUAGCCACCUGGGUGAAGAGCAGAGAGUAUUAGCGAAACAGAUGCUCAGAGAGGAAUGCCAUUCUUUCUCUAAGACAGACAAUGAUAUAGGCUGUAUUGAAAAACUGAAAAAGACCAUCUCACUCAAAGACAACGAACCAGUCAAACGCACAUACCUGUCUGUGACAUGGCCGCUCUACCAAGCGGCCAUGGCAAGUUACCUGCAUGAAAAGUUACCUGCAUGAUUUAAUAGCACAAGGCUGGGUCAGAAAGUCAGACUCGUCAUGCUCCUCACCAGUCGUUUGUGUUAGAAAAAAAGAUGGUACUUUAAGACUGUGCAUAGACUACAGAGACCUGAAUCGGAAAACCCAUCCUGAUCGCCAGUCCAUCCCACGCGUCCAGGACAUUAUGUUCAGUUUGGGUGGAAACUCCUGGUUUUCGCUUUUAGAUCAGGGGAAAGCGUACCACCAGGGGUUCAUGUCAGAAGAAAGUCGUCCACUCACUGCUUUUGUGACCCCCUGGGGAUUAUAUGAGUGGAUUCGCAUCCCCUUUGGACUUAUGAAUGCCCCUGAAGCAUUUCAGCGCUGUGUGAAAGAGUGCCUGGAUGGGCUGCGCGACAACAGCUGCAUCCCCUAUUUGGAUGACACAUUAGUUUACAGCAAAACGUUCAAAGGUCACUUGGAGGACGUGAGAAAAGUGCUCCAGAGAUUGAGAGGCUUUGGUAUAAAGCUUAAGCCAAGUAAGUGUGACAUGUUUAAGUCUGAGGUGCGCUAUUUGGGCAGAAUAGUGUCUGCAGAGGGCAGUAAAGUGGAUCCUGCAGACUUUGAAGCAGUCAAAGCACUCAAAGGUAUAAAACCACAAAAUGUUGGUCA